AUGAACAACAUGAACAGCAUAAAUGGGAUGAAUAGUAUGGACGAGAUGAACAGUAUGAAUGAAAUGAACAGUAUGAACAUGAACCUUAUGAACAGUAUUGGAAAUGCCCGAGGAACACAUAAUUUCUCCCAGAGUGAAAACAUAAAUUUUAUGAACAAUCUUUUAAAUAAGCAGAAAAUGUACAGUGCUGGGUGCAAUAUGGAAGAUGGAAGUAAUGAUAAGAAUCAUUUAGUACUCAUGCAGAACCGUAUAAAUAAUAGCACGAAUGGCAUGAUCAACUCGAAUAUUCAAACAUACCCACCAAUGUAUUAUAGGAGAAAUAUAUCUAAUCAGGACAACAUAGACAAUAAUGCAUAUGUUGAAAGCACAUAUUAUUUUGGUAACCAUUACAGAAACGAUAUGAUGACAAUGCAAAAUAGAAUUUUAAAUGAAUCAUUCAAAGAAAAUGAAGAUGAAAAAAUGAACAAUUCUGUAGGAGAAUAUUUCGAAAAAAGUAAUGAAGAACAAUCUUAUAUUCAACAAAACAAGGACAACACAUCCCCUGGGAAUUAUAUGCCUUUUAAUAACACAUCUUACAACGCGCACGGAGGGGAUGCCAAUAACAGUAGCCACAACAAUAGUAACAGCAACAGUGGCAAUAUCAGUAAUGACAGCAAUAGAGACAACAAUAGAAACGACAGCAGAAGUAGCAGCAGAAACAGCAGCAGAAUCAGCGACAGAAACAGCGACAGAAACAGCGACAGAAACAGCGAUAGAAAUAACAGCAACAGCAUUAAUAGUUAUACCAUACCGAUUUAUGUGAAUACUGGUGAUGGUGGAUUUAUAGAAUCCAAUCAUGGAAACUAUGUUUACCAGCUAGAUGGAAGCAAAAGUUUCUAUAUGAACAACCAGAAUGUGAAUUUGUGUGAAAAUUACAUGAAUGUAAUGAAUGGAGUAGGAAUCAAGAACAUGAAUGAUAGCAACAUGGACUGUAGCAAGCCGAUAGAUUUCAAUAUGAGUUUCAAGGAUACAAGAUGUAAUCAUAUUGAAGGAAUUAUAAAAGUAAACGGAAAAGGUUGUGAUAUAUUGAACACAAAUUCUACUGCUAGCGUGAAUACAACAUUUCCAAAUGGCUACGAAGAAUAUGAAAAAGAUGAAGAUAGCAUUAUAGACGAAGAUGACAAUAAAGAUAUCGAUAAAACAUGUUCCAAGUAUGAUCAAGAAGCACGUGGCAUAAUACAUACAUAUAAUGGGAUUUUCUUAAAGAAUAGUGAAAAUAAGGAUCGUGUACAUAUUAGGAAUUCAAAUUUUGAAAAAACAGAAAAUGAACAUUUAGAACACAAUGAUUUGGUUUCUAACCAGAACAGAUUGAAAAUGCUCAUGUAUAACAAAAUCUCUAACUUAGGUAGCAAUUACAGCAAAAGAAGUAGUACAAAUAAUUCUAUGAAAAUAUCUAAUAUAAAUGAUAUGGAUAACUCACCAAACGGUUCCAUUCAUAACAGUGUUGUAAUGCAAAAACAAGAACAACUUAAUUUAAAGCAGUUUGUUGAUAAUGGAAAGAACACAUACGAAGAAUCUAUGAACAGUGAAUACAAUAACAUGGGGUCUAGAGUUAACUAUAACAAGGAUGUUAUAGAUUGUAGACAUAAAGAAAUUAAUAUGAAAUAUAGAAAUUUUCCAAUUGUUGCGAUUGCGAAUGAUAAUAAAAAUAUUAGUGAAAGUAGAGAAAACGGAAUGGAUGAUGGAAUUGGUAUAAUUGCCAAGAGCGUAAAAAAUAGUAUUGAAUUAAAACAACACAUUCACAAUUCUAGAGAGAAACUUCCCAUGUACAGAACAAAGGAAGAAGUAAAAUUUAAAAAUAUGAAUGGCAACCACGAGAACUUGAAUUAUAUGGAAAUGGGGAACUGUAACUAUGAUGACAUGGAUGAAUAUAAUCAAGAAGAUCAAUGCAAUUUAAACGAAUCAUAUGAUGUUAAUAUGUACAGCAGUGUAAGUGCUAGUAUUGGGAUGAAUGAUAACAAUCAGAUGAAUACAAACUACCAGAUGAAUACAAACAGCCAGAUGAAUACAAACAGCCAGAUGAACACAAACAGCCAGAUGAACACAAACAGCCAGAUGAAUACAAACAGCCAGAUGAACACAAACGGCGAUAAUUAUGAGAAAGGCGAAUUAAACAAGGAUAAUAGUUAUAUUAUGCACAAUCAUAAAGAUAAGAACAUCGAUAUGAUUAUUGAUAGAGAUGCUCAAGUUCAUGUAAAUAACGGAGAAAGUUACACAAAUGAAUUAGUUCAUAAUUCGCAAAUGAGAAAUGUAGGUAAUUAUGAAAAUAUGCAUACUAUAAAUAAUGGAGAAAAUCAGCAGCUGUUGUUUAAUGUCGAACACAAUACUAAAAGGAAUGGUAUUAUCCCAAAUUCUAUGAACCAGUAUGAAGGAGAACCUUAUAAGAAAUGUGAAAGCUACAUUAACAAGAAUCAUCAUACACGCAUGUUUAAUCCAAGUGAAGGGAUGAUGAAUAACCCUAAUAAUUGGGCCAAUUAUAAGAUGAGGAGAGCUGCAUCUAAGAGUUCAUAUUUUCUUUUACAAAAUGAGGGUCAACUGAACAAUGAUAUUAGUAACUGUAUCAGUUAUGAUAGUAAAAAUUCCAAUACAAUGUCAAAUGGGAAAGGAGCUGCAAUGGAGUACAGAAAUAAUAUGAAUUAUUUUGAAAACAUUAACGAAGGUAUCAUGCAUAGCGAGAAUGGUUAUGAAUUCAUGAAUAACCAACCAAGCAACAUAGGCAACAGCAACAUCGGCAGUAGCAACAUGAACAGCAGCAACAACAAUUUCGGCAAUUCGUGGAUGAUGCACCGACCGAAAAAUUAUUCAGGUGAGGAAAAAAUACAAGUACCAAUUAAUACGAAUGAUGCUUAUAGCAAUAUGAACACUAGUAACUAUUUAAUGGCACAUAAUAACAAUGGUGCUGGGGAAGCAAUCAUCCAUGGUUAUAACAAUAUGUAUAGCCCAAUGAUGUCUGGAAAAAAUGGUGAUGAUAAUAAUGUUUUGAACACUAAUGGAUUGAAUAACAUAAACAGUGAGAAUAAUGAGCAGGUGAAUGGCCAUUGUGAUAUGAACAACAUGAUUCAGCAAAAUGGGCUUAACAAGGACCUGGAAAAUAUGGAUUGUGUGAAUAAUCAGAAUGACCUUAACAAUUUAAAUAGUCUUAUUUCCAUGAAUGGUGAAACACCUUUGAAUAAUCUGAACAUGUUAUUCAUACCAAAAAUUAAGGGAGUCCGUUUCGAUAAGUCUGGAAGAAGAUGGGUAGCUAGCUGGAGUCAAAAUGGAAACCAAAAGAGGCAAUAUUUCCCUAUUAAAAAAUUUGGUCAGGCGCAAGCGAAAUAUUUGGCUAUUUUUGCUAGAAUAAAAGCUGUUAAAUGUAUGCAAAAAAAGCCACAUGGAUCAGCAGAAAAUAAACGAAGUCAGUCAAAAAGGUCCCUAACGAAGGAUAAAACAAAAAUAGAAUAUAACGAUGAUGAGAAUCGUGACAAUGAUGAGAAUGAUGAGAAUGGUGACAAUGAUGAGAAUGAUGAGAAUGGUGACAAUGAUGAGAAUGAUGAGAAUGGUGACAAUGAUGAGAAUGAUGAGAAUGGUGACAAUGAUGAGAAUGAUGAGAAUGGUGACAAUGAUGAGAAUGAUGAAAAUGGUGACAAUGAUGAUGAUGAUUGUGAAAAGGAAUUAAUCGAUGAACAAAGCGCGAGCAAUUUUAAGAAUGAUAGUUAUUUUAAGGAGUAUGCCGAUGUGGCAUAUAAUGAAAGUGUUUACAAAGAAUGUGUUUAUAACGAAACUAUGCACAAUGAAGGCAGAAAUGAUUCCUCAGCAGAGAACUAUCACAGAUGUGAAAAUGAACAAAAUAAUCUGACAUCGAAUGGAAUAACUGUUAUUAAAAACAAAGAUCCAGCAAAUUCACUGAAUCAUAAUUUUCAUGUGUACAAACCAAUGGAUAUAUCCCUGAAUGGUAUUGAAGAUGAAUAUGACACAGGGAGGAAUAUGUGUGAUACGAAGGCAAGAAGCGUGAACAAUGAAUAUAAUGAUGUUGAUGCUGGUAGUAGUGUCUGUAGUGGUCGAAAUGAUGGUAAUGACGGAGAUGGUAGACGUGAUAAUAUCUUCGGCAGUGGUAGUGGCAAAAGCAGUAGCUGUGGAGGUAGUAAGGAUAACAAGACUCAAAAUGCUGGUGUUACUUGUUAUGAAACUUUUUAUUCUGAGGAAACAGGAGAUAAAGAAGUACAAAGAGUGAAUACAAACUAUGAACUAGAGGAACAACGGAUAAUGCUGCCCAUUGACUUUUAUAAUAUGGGAAAAACAAAUGGUGGGGGAGAUGCUAUAAACGGAGGGCAUACAAAUGGAAAUCACGUACCUCCCAAGAUGGUGAUAUCGAAGAACGUUCAUUUAGAUAAUGAAAAUUUAGAAAUGUGUAAAAAAAAAAAAAAUUCAAAGGAAGAAAAACGAGUGUGCGACGAAACACAUAAGGGGGAAGAUAACCAAGAAAUGACAAAUGAAGAUUCACAUUUGAAUAGUAUGUACAAUUGUGACAAAGAAUUUUAUGAGGGCUGUAGAAAAGAGGAAAUGAACAAGUUUCAGGUAGUUGUUGAUAACUGUGCACUCAUAAAUGAAUUAGAUUCCAGUAGUAAAAACACAUUUUGUGAAUUUAAUAUGCCAGGAGAAACGAUUAAUACAGAAGCACAUACGGAUCAUUUUUUCCAAAAGUGUGUUAUUAAUAAUGGGGUUAUGGAAAAUCAUGUACGUUUAAGAGAAUUGUGUUAUGAGAAUAGAUGGGGUGAAGAGUUUGUGCGUCACAGAGAAGGUGAAGUAGUAGUUCCUGAGGGAGAUGAUGCUGAUGAGGAAUAUUUUGACUUUGAAGAGACGGAGGUACAAAAAAUGGUGGGUGAAGCAAUGGAUGGAUCGUCGAAAGCUGAUGGGGGAAAGGUCCUGGGAACCAGUAACGAAAUGGAAAAAGAAUCAGAAAUAUAUUUCGAUAUGGGAAAUUUAAUCAGACAUGGAUAUACUAUGAGGAGAGAGCAAAAAGAGGAUGAAAAAGAGAACGAUGUUAUUUUUAUGAGAAUUAAUUUAAUUGAACAACAAGGAUUGACUGACAUAGAGGAAAGUAUGGAAUAUAGCAACAACGUGGAUGAAGAUUUAUUAAAUCUGAUUCUUAUAGUUGGAAGAUUGAUAAGGAAAAAUAUAAAGAUGUGUAGAGAUUCAAAUGAGGAGUUCAUAAUGAAUUUGAUAAAGGAUAACACAACAGCAAACAUAAGGAACAAAAUGAAUGAAAUAAAGAAGCUGAAGAAAAACGAAAAGAUUUUAUUGUUUACUCAUUUGAAGAAUUAUUACAUUACUAAGUCUAAUACAAUUUGUGAAGGAAAAAGUAUGAAAUUAUUGGCUUGUAGAAAUAUAGAGAGAAAAAAUGUUAAUAAUAAUGAUGAGAACAAUGAAGACGUAGACAAAAAUAAAAGAAACAAACGCUUUAAUGGAAAAAGUGUUAUAUAUUCUAAUGGCGUAAAUAAUAUGAACGAGGAAAAUCCUGUUCUACAUGAAGGAAAGAACAACGAUUCUAGAAAAAGAAAUAAAAAUGGGGAUAUGGUUUGUGUAACAAAAGGCAUGCGUAAUGAAAGGAAUGAAGAAAUAAAUCAUAAUAAUAGUAAUAUUAAUAUAAACUGUAAUGAUGAAUCUUUACGAGAACAUGGUGAAAAUAAGUACAUUUUGAAAGAUACAGAUUCCAACGUCAAGCUGAUCAUAAAUGGUAUAAAUAAUAGCACAGGGGAUGAUAAUAAUAGUGAUAAUGCAACUUCUGCCGCUAACGGUAGUGCUACUCCUAAUGAUGUUAAUUUUGCAAAUUUGAUGAAUGUUGGAUGUUACUCAAAUAACCGAAGGAAUAAAAAAAAUAAGGAUGAAGAAUGCAGUGAAGAAAAUAAUUCUGAUGGUACUUUGAGCAUCAGAAAAAUUAAAAGACAAAGAAGUGGGGAAUGUUCAGAAAUAGUAGGAAAUUUUGAUAGUUCAAUUCAAUCGACGACCACGUCAGGAUAUUGUGAUCAAUUAGAUAAUUCUCUUUUGAACAAUAUUAUGAAUCGGAAAAGUUACAGAAAUAGCGAUGAUAUAAAUUCAAGUACUACAUUGGAACUAAUGAAUGAAGAAACACAUCCAAAGACAGAUCUAUCCUGUUUUAAUGAACAGGGUUCGUACAGUCACAUGGAUGUGUUUCUUAGUAACAAUAAUAACCCUUUGGUUUACAACCCAACGCAUCCUACAACUACUGCCAUUACUUCAGGAAUUAUUAAUGUAUCCUCUACAAUGGACAUGACGAUCAACGAAGAUUCUCUUUCUACAAAUCGAAUCAAUAGCCAACAGAUUGAGGGUGUUUUGGAUAAAUUAUACACCCAUGGAGGGUACUCAAGAUGUGGGAAGAACACGCAAAUGAGACCCUGUGGUAGUAGUAGUAGUAGUAGUAGUUGUUAUGUCGAGAUAGAUAGUAAGUUACAGCAUGCUAAUAGCUUGCACAUAGAUAAUGUACGAUCUGGUAAUAACAGCAAUGUUAUCAUAGACUAUAAUCAUGAAAAAAGUGUAAGUCGUUUAGGGAAUAAUUUAAACGCCCAGAUGGAUUGUAAACUAAGCAGUAUGUCUAACAGAAGUGAUGAAUUUUUGGAAAGUCCACUUAGAAACAGGAACUCUUCAAAUAGACAAUUUAUGCUGAAAUCGUUCUCAAAUAAUCCUAGUCAUUUUAGAAAAACACGCAAGGUAGACUUACCACUAUUUGAUAGCACUGAAAUGAUUAAUAAUAUAAAAUGCGACAUUAACGAGAAUCAUGAAAUAAAUGGCAUUAGUGGAAAUUUUAUUAAUCCAGUUGUUGAAAGGGAUAGCAGUUGUUUGAAUAACCCAUUGAAAAUGACCAUUAACAGAAGUUUGGAUUGUAAAAGGAAAAAUGCCCAUGAGAUGGAAGAAGUGGAAGAGGUGGAAGAAGAGGACGAGGUGGAAGAAGUGGACGAGGUGGAUGAAGUGGACGAGGUGGAUGAAGUGGAAGAAUAUGACAACGAUGAAACAAACGAUGCUGUUACUGAUAACGUCAAUACAAUCAGUUGUUAUUAUGACAAUACCAAUAACAGCAACCAUGGUGCAUAUACAGUCAGUAGUAUGAAGAACAUCUCCGCUCAUUACAAUAGCAGAAACGGUGGUUACCACAACGAAGGAAACAUAAAGAGCAUGGGACAAAAUCAGCAUCAUCACAUUAACAGUAUGAACAACAACCAUUCUAUCAUUGCAGGAGCAAUAACAACUAACCAUAGCCAAAUGUAUAAUCUUAUGAACCGCACAUCUUACGCUAAUAACGGUUGUAUUGGUGCAAAUAUUGAUGAUCAUAUAACCAAUAAACUUGUUAACAGAAAUACUAAUGGAAGCUUUGGUUAUAUAAAGAACCAAAAUAGCAACUAUAACACGGUUGAGGGGUAUGAAAAUUUACAAACCGAUUCCCAACACGAUUUCCAAUCUAGUGGAUCCCCUAGGAAAAACUGUUUGCACAUUGUAGGAGAGGAAGAAGAAGAAAAAAAAAAGGAUCUCUCUACACAUGUAAUGGUAAAUGGUUGUAAUUCUGUUUAUAGGAAAAUAAAUUUUCAUGACACACAAUGUAAUAGUGAAAAUAUAGAGCUUUAUAAGAACACUCUAAAUCAAGAUUAUGAACAUUUACAUAAUAAUGGAGUAGUACCAACGGUGGUGGUACCCCUCUCCCCUUCACACCUUAAUUUAAAUUACAUUUCGAAUUAUGAUAAGAGCAUGACGAACUUGCUGCGUUCAAAUGGAAAUGUGAAUGGCGGAAAUAACAACAACAAUGCAAUUGAUACAAAUGAAAAGAACGAGAUAGAAACGAAUGAAGUGAAUGAUAUUUGUCAUAAUUAA